AUGCCGAAAGAAGUCCGUGAUAUUGCUGAAAAAAUAAGAGGGAUUGGGGUAACUCUUACCCUUGCAAGUACUGAAUUGGAUGCGUUUAUUGGAUUCACCCUAGUAAACAUCAUGGGAUCUAUCAAUAUAAGUUUUUGA